GGAAAGUCAGCAAAACGCACCAAACAGAUGAAAAACUCUGUUUCCUUCUAUUUUCUUUAAAUUCACCUGUCAAACUGAGUAUUGAGAAAGUAGGCACAGGGGAAGUAUGACGUCUGUCUUUUUCAUUAGUUCAUAAUUUUUUCUGCCUCUUAGCUUUCUUUUUAGCCUAUUUCAGUCCAUUUGCAAAACCCUGCAAUCUCUCAAAUUCUUCAUAUCAAUUUUUCUAUAGGUAUAACAUCUUUAGAAUCUUGGGGAAGUUUUGCCAAUUUUGAAGGUUCUCAAUCCAGGAAAAGAUGAUGUUUUUGUAGAAAUCUGGCAAUGGAAGAUAAGUACAGAUAUUCCAGGAGAAGCAGCAGUGCAUUAUGGAGAUCAUUGAGAGAUGAGGAUUUCGAGGAAGAAGAUGUAUGGGAAGUUUUCAAGGAAAGUAAAAAUUCAUCAUUCAAAGUUGGCCAAUCCAUUGAACCAUCCAGUGUUGCAGUUACAAGACAUCUCCCAAGUGCUGCAGGAAUGAUCCCCAGAUCUUUGUCUGCAAUUAGUGAUGUCGGCAGCUGCUGUUCUAGUUCAACCACUGCUCAUGAUGGUAAGCAGCAGCAAUCAUCCCCUGUAAAUAUCCCUGAUUGGUCAAAGGUUUCUACAAAGAUGGAGAAUGAUUCAUGGCAUUAUGAUGAAGAUCAUACCAAGUUUCCUCCACAUGAAAUUAUUGCAAAGCGGCUUGCAAGGAGUCGGAUUUCAUCUUUCUCAGUGUUUGAAGGUGUUGGAAGGAAACUCAAAGGGAGGGAUUUGAGGAAAGUAAGAACUGCUGUUUUAACAAAAACAGGUUUCCUCGAAUAAUGUUCAUCAACAGUAAUUAUAACUCCAUUUAUAUGUUCAAGAUUACAAACUCUAGAUAUACGUUUUAUGGUCUGUGUUUGAUCUUUUAAAACUUUAUAACUUCGUCUCUAACUAAAACAUUAUAAAAUUUCACAAAAUUCUGCGUCCGUCCUAGAUCACUACAAGUUGUGGAUCAAAUUUGCAGAGAUGAGGGUUAAUGCAAUGGAGGCAGAAACAGAACCAUGUUCUGAGUCAAUUCAAACAAGUGUCGCUUUGCAAAGUGCCAAAACUGGGACCAUUACAGCAAUUGAUGAUGUCCCUUUCUGCAGUUGUCAUUUCUAGGCUUUACUGUAAGCAAAAUAUAGCACUGCAACUCCAUUCAGCGAAUAAGGUUCCUUUCAUUGC